GUCCGCCGUCGGUCGGCACGGGUUGAUGGUGACCGCAGCAAAGAUUAAAGAGCGGCCAGGCCUGAAAGUCUCUAUAAUAAGGGGAAGCAAGGUUAGGAUACGUGGUUUUGUAAUGUUAAAAAUUUCGCCUGAAGUACCCAAGCUAUCGGCUGUACAAAUAGAUCAAGUUCAGCGAAAAACGAUGUUGAAGUUGGCCAUUGCAUCAAGGUGCCUGUCAGGUGCAAGGACAAGUUUUGCAGCUAAUGCUUUUGUACGGUGCAUCUCAAGCUCUGUCACAUCUCACAUCACCAACUGUGUUACAAGUACUUGCCAUGCACAAUCACUACCAUUUACUAACCAAUUUCAAGGGAAACUUCAGCAAACUUGUCAUGCAGUUAAGCUCGAUGAAAUAGAUAAAUUGUUAUCCAGGUUGAGUUUAUCACCUGCUGAACUCAAAGCUACUUUGACAUUAGUGCUUCCUGGCAAGCAACUUGAUAUUCAAGUACCUACUGCCAUUGUUGAGCCGAUUUCUACACCUAUAUAUAAAUGUCCUCAAAUUGGAAUUGUAUCUGAUGGAAUUGACAAGUACCCUUUACUACCAGGCAUUAAUAGGUUGGAAAAGAAAGCAAAGAACCGGAUCACCAAUGAAAUUCAUAGACGGAGACGCAAGAUGAAUCACCAUCAGUACAAAAAAUGGCGGAAAAAGAUGAAAUUUAAGCUGCGACAAAUUAAGCAGAAACGCCGUAAGAGAAAACAAAAGAAAUGGGAGCGAUAUUUAGAGGGGUUGAAAUUUAAAGGUCUUAGCCAAGAAGAGGGAGAAGCAUAUUUAAAGGCUCAAGAAGAAAAGUUUAAAAUCUACUUGCGUUACCUAGGAUUUGAAGGUGAUGCUGUUAAAAUUGAACGAACGGUGAGGCUGAGAGGAAUCCAAUAUGUACGAAGGCCUAAACGACUUAGUCGUAGAAUGAAUGAUGGAAAAUCUGGAUUAAUUAUACCAACACCAAUUAGAUAAAAAAAAAUAUAAUUGGAAUUCAUUUAAGUUACAGAAAUAAAGUCAUGGAACCGUUCAAAAUGUUCUU